AUGAAUUUUAAUGUCUGGAAUAUCAAAGAGAUGCUCAGUAUUCCCUCAGGUUCUGGGACUACUAGGUCAUCUAACUGGAAUAAUAAUCAGACUGAUUACUCCAGUCUCAGUGAUUCCCAGUUCCUUUUUGGAUCCCAGUUCUGUCCAGAAAGUUCAGAGACCCUGUCAACACCCUUGGACUUUGGUGUCCAUUUGAGACAUCCAAAACAGUCACAACAGAAUUCUCUGGAUAGUGAACCUAGUAUUUUCACAAAGUACCAAACAAAACCCCAGCUGUUUGGAGGAGAUACAAAAGAUGGAGGCUUAUUUCCUCUUCCUUUGUCAGUCGGAAAAUCAAAAGGCCUCUUGGAACAGUUUGAGGAGAAAAAGAAAAGUGCAAAAGACAAAUGCGACAGUGAGACUCUAUACAACUUAAUUUCCCAUAUCAGAGAAAGCAUUCACAGGUUACAGACAUCUGUGGAAAACUCUGAGGAACAUCUCAGUUCAAGAAGCCAAACUAUUUUGGAUUCUUUGGAGACUGUGGCCAAGACAUUGCAAGAGACUGCGCAAGCCCAGAGUGAUCUGGUGUUGGAAACAAUGCAGGACAAAGGCAACAUGAAGCAGGCCAUCCUUGAAUUACAAAAGAGAUUUGAAGCUAGACAAGCAGAGUUUAUAGAAAUGAAGUCCAACCUGAAGCAACUUGAAGUUUUAGUUGCCCAGCAAAGUAAGGACUUGCAGCAGCUGUCCGAACAGCUAGGCCAGCUGAAUAUGCCUAGUGUCCUAGCUGAGCUAAAGCAACUGAUCUCUGUCCCUCAGAUACCAAGACACUUGAAAGAGAGCACUUCUCAGACCUCACCACCUUUGGCCCAAAGCAUCAAUUUCACCAGGCAGGGAAAAAAUGCCUUUAAGGAACCAGUUAUGUGGCAAACUCAAGCCCUCCCUACUGCACGCAAUCUUAGUGUGGGCUCCCUGAGGCCUGGGGAGUUUGAUGUCUGGGGUGUGGGAGCAAAGAGUGAUGCUCUCCAAGAAGAAGCUACACGGGUGGCAGUUGGAACUGGCAAAAGAAACAAGCAAAUCAAGGACAAGGCAGUGCAGACCAACUGCCAGAAUAGGGCUAUUACUAAAACAGCCUCCGGCAUCCUGGGCCAUAACGUUCCCAGUGAAAGGGACCUGGUUUUCCAAGGAGCCUCACAGCUUAUAUCCCUGGACUUAAACAACUUUGCAGCCAGCAUUAAGAACACCUGCCAAAAAUGUCAAGCCAAAGGCAUGUUUUUGUGUGACUCUUGCGAACAAAGGUUGGUGAAUGGACAGAAAGGCAGAACUGUAGAAAGAGGGAGGAAAGGCAAGAAGCAGCAGAGGAAAGCCCCCAGAGGCAGGCUUCUAGCCAGGAAACAAGAACAAACCACAAGCAAAACCUGUGUUUCCCAUUCUAAAUAUCCUCAGCCUCCAGUUUCUGGCCCACAAAGGCCCCCUCAGGGGCAGCAGGAAGCCCUUGCUCAGUCCUUGCAUCUUCAGGGCCCCAGGAGCCCCACAAAGCCAGUCUGCUCUGCUCUGGGAGGCACAGUUAUGGCCACUAAGACAGUAAAGUCAAUGCAAGGGAACUUCUUGCAGCUGAGUGGACAUGCUUCCCAAGACAACAGCCUGCUUUCUUGCAGUUCUCAGGGGGACCACCAGAUGAGCUGGUUCAGUGACCUCAAUCUCGGAAGAGAGCCCCCUCUCUGCAAGGAGCUAGGGAAGAAUACGCUCUAUGACCUGGGUUUUGACAGCAGUGAUGAUGGCUUCUGA